AUGCCGAUUUUUGUUGCCCUUAAUACUAGUGACACAGAAACACUGAGAUAUCCUUUGAUGAGCUAUCAAAUUUCAAAUGCCACCUUUGAAGCGAUUAAAAAACUCAGCCGGGACGAGGUCUGCUGGAUGCUGGAUCCCAGUAUCAAUUUGCGUGAAAAUCUAACCGACUAUUUGAAUUUCAACCGCUCGGGCUACGCUUCUCGUUACUCUGCGGUAUGUGAUGAACCGCUUCAACUUUGCGCUACAUUCAACGUGGACAUAAUUAAUUUAGGCUGGAAAAAGUUUGACAUAACACCCACCGUACAUGACUGGUAUAGCCGAGUGCCAAUAGGAAAAUUACGCCUUCUUAUUGAUUGUACUGGUUGUGGUCGUCAUUAUGUUUUACAUUUAUUUAAUAAGCCGUUACAUACAAAGGUUAAACGACAAAUAUAUGCUGAACGAUAUCUUUCAGUGAAUGGCAAUGAUCUCAUAUUUCAAUGGACACAGCAACGUAGUGACCUUAAUAAUGUGGUGCUACAAAAAGCACAUGAUCAUCAUCCUUUAGUACAAAAUUCAAAACCGGAUUUGACCACAAAAAGCCAUAAUAUGCCAUAUUUGCAACGACAAGACAAUGUGACAUUAAAAAGGGAAAACUCAUCACAGCCAAGCUUGAAUCGACCUUUCUUGGUUUUGUACACAGAAACAAAGCGUCUGAGGCGUGUGCGACGGCAUUCUAUUGACUGCGUUGGGGCAUUGCAUGGUCAAUGUUGCAAGGAAUCAUUUUACGUGUCCUUCAAAGCCUUAGGCUGGGAUGAUUGGAUCAUUGCACCGCGUGGCUAUUUCGCUAAUUAUUGUCGCGGGGACUGCGCCGGCCCUUAUCGAACACCUGAUACAUUUAUAAGAGCAAUAACCUUCUUUGCAUUUCAAACAUUUCACGCUCAUUUUAUAGAAGAAUACCGUAAGAUGGGUCUCUUGAAUGGCAUGCAACCAUGUUGUGCACCAGUUAAAUUUUCCAGCAUGUCUUUGAUAUAUUAUGGAGACGAUGGUAUAAUUAAAAGAGAUUUACCAAAAAUGGUAGUAGAUGAAUGUGGUUGUCCAUGAUGACAUGCAUGUAUCAUGAAUACUUUUGCCUGGAUAUGUCGAAGGUAUUAUUAUUCU